AACUUCAAGAGCCACGUUCAUGCUUCGAUCAGUGUCUAGCUAUUUGAAACUUCGAAGCAAGAAAAUCCUCCUUUAACGUUUAGGGCUGUAGGGGUCAUCAGUCUUCACCGUUCCUAGGCGUAUUUCACUUUACUCACUUUGGUUCGAGGAACUGAAAUGUGUGGUUCGUAUUAAUCUUGUUCUUAGGAAGAGUGGAAUAGAAGCAAGACGCAACAAGUCCAAGUAGCUGAACGCUCUUCGGUGCCCGUUCUAAAGGCUUGGGCAGAUAGCUGAGUUUGUUUCUACGGUAAAAUCAAAAGGAUUCAGGGACCUUAAUCUUAGAUGUCAGCGACAAUGGCUUCACAUGGUUGCUAUUGUCACCAUGUAGAGUUGACCAGCCAGGGAAGAGCACCAACCACUCUUGGAUUCUCUGGCUCAAUUUCUACUGAUAGAUUUUUUAGUUUUAAAAAUUCAAGCCAUCUUUUGGCUAAGAAACACAGAUUUCCAAGGUUUCUAAUGGAGAUGCAACAGACUGAGGCGCCAUCAUCAAAGUACGGCGCCAAUGGUCGACCUGUUAAAAUGGUACCAGCAACUGAGCUUGUGAAAAGAAGGACAGCGACAGCAAAUAAAGGCAAGACAGUGAAUGGUUCAAAGCAAGUAGUCAAUGGGGCAGCUGUGAUAAGAAAAGAUCCUAUCACAUCCCUGACAAAGACAAUGAAGUCUGGAAACUCACAAGAACUUCUGCCGCUGGAGGAGAUUAAAGUCUUGCCUUCAGAUGAAGGCUUCAGUUGGGCCAAUGAAAAUUACAAUUCUGUGCAGAGGUCUGUAGAUGUUUGGUCAUUUGUUCUUUCGUUACGCAUACGUGUUCUGUUGGACAAUGCAAAAUGGGCAUAUUUAGGAGGCUUUACAGAAGAAAAGCAGAAAACCAGAAGACGGAAAACUGCCUCAUGGCUACGGGAGUGUGUCUUACAGCUAGGUCCAACUUUCAUCAAGCUGGGACAGUUAUCAUCAACAAGAUCAGAUCUAUUUCCCCGUGAAUUUGUGGAUGAGCUUGCAAAGUUGCAGGAUAAAGUCCCUGCCUUCUCGCCCAAGAAAGCAAUAGGCUUCAUUGAGAGUGAACUAGGGGCGCCAAUUAAUGUGUUGUUUAAGGAGUUUGAAGAUCGGCCAAUUGCUGCUGCUAGUCUUGGUCAGGUUCAUCGUGCUCUCCUGCAUAAUGGAGAAAAAGUAGUUGUUAAAGUCCAAAGGCCUGGCCUGAAGAGGCUUUUUGACAUUGACUUGCGAAACCUAAAGCUUAUUGCGGAGUAUUUUCAGAGAAGUGAAACUUUUGGUGGUCCAACUAGGGAUUGGAUUGGAAUAUACGAAGAAUGUUCAACGAUUUUAUAUCAAGAAAUUGAUUACAUAAAUGAAGGAAAGAAUGCUGAUAAGUUCUGCCGAGAUUUCCGAAACAUCAAGUGGGUUCGAGUACCUUUGGUUUAUUGGGAUUAUACUGCAACAAAAGUGUUGACCUUGGAGUAUGUACCAGGUAUCAAAAUAAAUCAGGUGGAUGCACUAACGUCAAGAGGUUAUGAUCGAAUGAAGAUCUCAUCACGUGCUAUUGAAGCAUACUUGAUUCAGAUACUUAAAACCGGAUUCUUUCAUGCUGAUCCUCAUCCUGGAAAUCUUGCUGUUGAUGUGGAUGAAGCACUUAUUUAUUAUGACUUUGGCAUGAUGGGGGAUAUCAAAUCAUUCACCCGAGAGAGGCUGCUUGAACUUUUUUAUUCUGUUUAUGAGAAGGAUGCUAAGAAGGUUAUGCAAUGCCUUAUUGAUCUUGGUGCCCUUCAACCCACUGGAGACUUAUCAUCAGUAAGAAGAUCUGUACAGUUUUUCUUGGACAAUUUGCUAAGCCAGACACCGGAUCAGCAGCAAACUUUGGCUGCAAUUGGGGAAGAUUUAUUUGCUAUAGCUCAAGAUCAACCUUUCCGAUUUCCGUCCACUUUCACCUUUGUUAUCAGGGCCUUCUCAACUCUUGAAGGCAUAGGUUACAUGCUCAAUCCAGAUUUUUCUUUCGUGAAGAUUGCUGCACCUUAUGCUCAGGAACUUCUAGAUGUACGGCAAAAGCAGCAGACAGGGCCACGACUAGUGGAGCAAAUAAGGAAACAGGCAGAUGACGCAAGAUCCUCGACCAUGUCAAUGCCGUACAGAGUACAGAGAAUAGAGGAGUUUGUGAAGCAACUUGAGGAUGGGGAUCUGAAACUGCGGGUCCGGGUGCUUGAGUCUGAGAGAGCUUCUCGAAAAGCAACAGUGUUGCAAAUGGCAACUAUGUAUAUAGUACUGGGAGGAACCUUGCUAAAUCUUGGCGUCACCUUGGCCACCCAAGGCAAUAUCGCCAUUGCAAAUGGAUCCUUCGUUGGUGCAGGUUUUUUUAUGACACUGUUCUUCAGGUCUAUGCAAAGGGUAAAGAAGCUUGAUAAAUUUGAGAAAAUGAUAUGACAUAUACCAUACAAAUUCGAUUCUUUCAAGGAUGUGUGUGUGUGUGUGAGAGUUUUCUCCUCUUACAUUUCCUUUUACUGUACAACAUUCUAAUUUUUUUCCUUGAAAAUAUCAAAGUAUACGGGUUUCACAGUAGCAAGAUAGGAGACGAUGAUGAUACUGCAAAGACAUAGACAGUACUGUAGUCAGUUCAAGGCAAAUAAAAUGCUAUAGCUUCUUUGUUUCCACACUUCGUCCCUACUUAAGAGAGAUUUGUGUAUUAUAAGACAAAAAAGCUGUGUUGCACUUUUGAAAUUUUUAUCUGGUAGGUCAGUGGGAAUGAUAUGUUAAGGU